AUGCCAGAUAAUCAAGCACUACAGAGAAGAAUAAGGGCAGCCAACGAAUCGGCGGAAACAUUCCGCAUAAUUCUACGCAUCACCGUUGGUCUGCUGAUAUUUACCAUUGUGUUCACACUCUUAAUGUUUCUUCACUACAAACGGGCAAUAGCCUUAUGGCCAAGCCUUCAUCCUUAUCACACGGCACUGGAGGGUGAAGAAGGUGAAGGAGUAAGCACAGAAGUGUCAAACGGCAACGAUAACUAA